AUGUUUGCUGCUCUUCUUCUGUGUUUGGUCGGCAUUGCUGUAGCUCAAAGACCACAACCGUGCACGACACCACCACAAUGGGAAGGUCGCGUCUUCGACAUCAAUGAACAACAAAAAUUUUCUUUGGAAGGAAAACUAAGCUACGAUGCAGUGUAUCAUCGCGAACGAAUCGUUGACGAAAUCGAUGAAGGCUCAACAGCAGAUUACUAUGAUGUGCUCUCUCUUUUCGAUAGCCGAGUUGAAUUUGUUUACAACUUCAAAGCCCGCAAUUGCACACGACGUGAAAUCCAACGACCAUGGCGUGACUUCGGUAUUCGCCCAACAGAUCGAUCGUACGGUGAAGCUUACAUCGGCUCAUCCGUUUUUCCAAGCACGGGUGUCUUAGUUACAAUUUGGGCUGGCAACUUCACAUUACCAUCCAAUGACACAAUUGAUUAUGUUUCCACAUGGACAUAUACAGGAUGUCUUCCAGUGUCUCGCACAACCUACAGUGACAAAUUUGGUAGCUCACAUUUAUCGUUUUAUGAUAUUACAGUUGGCAUUAGCGAUCCAAAUGUGUUCAUUCCACGACGUGAAUGUGUCUCAGCCGAAGAAUGGGAAAACCGAUAUGCUCUUUUCGACGUACCUCAUAAGAAAAUUCACUAA